AUGCCAGGGCUUCGUCUGAAAUCCUUCCGCGUGGACACUGCUCCAAAUGUUUCGUGCAACAUCAGGUUCUUCGGAGUCACGACAAUUUCAGAUCUUCCUGGAAAGUCGUUAUGGAGCAAGUGGGUAGCAACCUGCAUUGAUGAGCAUGGGGACACAGCAACAGUUAGCCGCAAGUUCUUCGGAGAAAAGCAGCGUGACACAAUGCAGGCCUUUGCGAAGAAGUUCCAGGAGGGAUCCACUUGGGCUUGUAAUGGGAAGUGCGAGAAAGGGAAGGGCUUCAAGGCCUGCAACAAAAAUUCCAAGUACUCGGCUUCGACCUCGCCCGUUGACUUGGAAAUCGUGGACAACACAGCGCUAACCCAGUUGCCCAGUGAUCAGAUCAAGUGUCCAAUCCGGCCCUCAAUUCGGCUGUCAAUUAAGGAUAUCCUGGAGAAGGAUAUGGAGCAACGCGUGGACAUCAUGGGCUUGGUGACCUCAGCAGGGGAGAUGGUGCAGAAGGAUUGCAAGCGCAAGGAGGGCUCCUCGCAAAGCAGAGAGCUUUUGCGCCUCCGUCUCCUGGAUGACUCUGAGGUGGAUUGCACUGUCAGUGUGUGGGGAGAGACCGCCAAAGCAUUGUCGCAGAAGCCCCUUCAAGGCUCGGCAAUCGCCAUGUACCGUCUGAAGCUAAAAGUCGAUGGCAACAGCAAGGAAUUAACGACGGCCGAGGAUUCCUAUAUCCUGCUCUUGGAUUCUGCAGAUGGUGUCAGUCAACGCGAAGAUAAGAUCAUCAACGGCAAGGAAACCAUCUUGGGAGCUGGCGCCAAAUCGUGUGCCACGAUGUAUGAGGGUGGCGCCGAUGUCAGCGGGGAGCUGAGGGUGAUUUGCCUCCGAUCCUUAGCCUUGGCCGCUGAGCUGAAGAUCCAGUUGCAGGAAUCGGCUUGGCAGGUGGAGGCCUGCAUUUGGGAGCUGGAAGACCCAGAGAAUGUCGUGGGGUCGCACGGAAGAUUGUGGGCAAGGGUCAUGUUGCGAGAUGCUUCGGGCGAGCUUCGUCUCUUCGUCAGCGAAGAGGCUUUGCUGAGUAUGACCGGGGCGGCUAGCAAAGAUGAGUUCUUGGAGCAGCUCAGUUCGGACACAUUGCCACGACGUCGCAUUUCAGGGCGUAUUCACCGUAGUUUGAAAACUCUCCACCGCGGCACUUCAGAAGAGAAGGAGGUGGUCAAUCUGACGCUGUUGGCUGCGGCUCCAAUGUUCAUCGUGCCGGGGGAUGGCAAGGAGGCCUACAACCGCUACCAAGACUCAGCCGCGUUCGCAGACUCUGGCGGCAUCCUGCCGACCAUGCUGUCGCAAAUCCAGACUAGCUCGGAUGGCUGUGGACUUCGUGUCACGGAUCUCGAUGGCCAGAAGUCCGUGGAGGUCACAGGCGGCACACUCAGCCUCCUUCAAGUCACGGCGGCGUGCAAGCCGGUGCAACAGCAUGGAGUGACCUCGCUACAAUUCUCGAAUGUUGUCGAUUUGGUUGGCAAAGCGCGUGGCGUGGCUGCCAGGCCGAACCAGGUGUUGCUCCAGAUACCGCUCGGGCAAAUGUUACUACAACAGGUCCAGAAGGGCGGCGUGGCGCUGUUUCAUAUUACAAGUGUGGAAGGCGAGCCUCAGGAGUUCCUCGCUCAGGCUGUUUAUCGCCCGGCGGAAGAAGUUUCUGCGGAUACCAUGGAUGCGAUGGUUGCAAACUUCAUCGCUGAAAUCCAGGCUGCUGAAGGCGUUGUCAGCAAAAGACGUCCGCUGAAGCGCAAAAGGGAAGGCAUCGAGCCUGAGACCAUGAAGGAAAUUGUCUCACUUUGUUUCACUCCUGAGUCCAAAGUCACAAGGAAGGCGAGCAAUCUGAACACUCCUCCGUGGAGUGUGUGA